UGGAGGGGAAGGAGCCCCCUAUAAAUUAGCCCACACUGGCCCAUACUGGCAGCCCUGCCAGAAGAGCUGGUGGAUCAGCUGUGAAGAAAGCCUCUCCACCACCAUGAACUUCUCCGGCAAGUACCAAGUCCAGACCCAGGAGAACUAUGAGGCCUUCAUGAAGGCAGUCGGAAUGCCCGAUGACGUCAUCCAGAAGGGAAAGGAUAUCAAGGGGGUGUCGGAAAUCGUGCAGAAUGGGAAGCACUUCAAGUUCACCAUCACCGCUGGCUCCAAAGUGAUCCAGAAUGAGUUCACCUUGGGGGAGGAGUGUGAGAUGGAGUUCAUGACUGGGGAGAAGAUCAAGGCGGUGGUUCAGCUGGAAGGUGAUAAUAAACUGGUGACAACUUUCAAAGGCGUCAAGUCUGUGACUGAAUUCAAUGGUGACACUGUCACCAGUACCAUGACGAAGGGCGACAUUGUCUUCAAGAGAGUCAGCAAGAGAAUUUAGACAAAGUCUGCAUUUCGUAUUCUUUUAGCGUGUACAACUAAUGUAAUAAAGUGAACUUUGUUUUAAGAAAAAAAA